GCGGCGCGGGCACCGCUCUACAUAUGCAAAGCAUAAAAAAGCAUAUGCGGAGGAAGGGCAAAGGGCAAAGGGCAAAGGGCAAAGGGUAAUUUACGAAACACAUAGCAGAACUGAAAACUCCAUUUUCAUAGCAGACGCCAACUAUUCAGGGCAGAGGAGAGCCAGACCCAAAUCUUCGACAACUCCACUGAAUCUCGUCUUCUUCUUCUUCUUCUUCUUCAAAGCUUUACAUUCUUCUGGGCGCGAACAGCUGCCUCAGAUUCGGAAUUUAACGAACAGACAAAAGGGAAGAGAUCAGAGCCAAAGGAAGAAGCAAUAGACAUGGCGAAGAAGAACAGAGGCGGCGAACAACAAAACAGUAAAGUUACAGAAAGCAUGAGGAACCGAAUAGCUCAAUUACUCACCCGCUUCAAAUCCGCCGAUGACGAAGUUUACACAUUUGAGGCCGGUCUCUCGAACCUUGACCGUGCUGAAGUGCAUCAACAAUGCAGGAAAAUGGGUAUGAAAUCCAAGAGUAAAGGGAGUGGGAAAAAACGUGUUGUGUCUGUUUAUAAACCUAAAAAGAAGGCCGCAGCCAGUGAUGUUAUUCCAAAGCUCACUCAUCUGACAUUUUCCGGAGUCACAAAAGAAGUAUUGAGGGACUUGUUCAUGCGUUACCCACCCGGUGAUGAAGUGGGCAGAGAAAUGUAUGGGACAAAUAGUAAUGAGAAUGUGAAAGCCAAGCGGAAGAAAGACAGUAUGUUUUGCAAGCCUUCGAUGACCAAGGCAGAAAUUGCAAAGAAAGUGGAAUCACUUGCUUCUAGAAUAAAGAAUUCCGAUAAAUUGAGAAAGAUCACCGAAGAGAAGUCUAAGCUUCCAAUUACAUCCUACAGGGAUGUCAUUACAUCAGCAGUUGAAUCUCAUCAGGUAAUUCUUAUAUCUGGUGAGACUGGGUGCGGAAAGACCACACAGGUCCCACAGUUUAUUUUGGACCAUAUGUGGGGUAAGGGGGAGGCAUGUAAAAUAGUGUGCACGCAACCUCGACGUAUCUCAGCUGCAUCAGUUGCUGAGAGAAUCUCUAAGGAAAGAGGAGGAAAUGUUGGAGAGGAUAUUGGAUACAAGAUACGGUUGGAAAGUCAAGGUGGCAGGCACUCAUCAAUUGUGCUCUGCACAAAUGGGAUUCUGUUGAGGUUGUUAGUGUCCAGAGGCACUGGUAGAUCAAAAGCAGGUGACUCAAACAAAGAAACCAAGCAAGAUGACAAUGACAUAACUCACAUUAUUGUGGAUGAAAUUCAUGAAAGGGAUCACCACUCAGAUCUUAUGCUGGCAAUUAUAAGAGACAUGCUUUCUUCACACCCUCAUCUACAUCUGAUACUGAUGAGUGCAACUGUUGAUGCUGAACGGUUUUCACAUUAUUUUGGUGGAUGCCCAAUUAUCCGUGUCCCUGGGUUCACUUAUCCUGUCAAAACUUUCUAUUUGGAGGAUGUACUUUCUAUCCUGAAAUCCGUAGAAAAUAAUCACCUUAAUACUGCAGUAGGUUUACAGAAUGAAGAUCCUGACUUAACACAGGAAUUUAAGCUUGUUCUAGAUGAAGCUAUUAAUCUGGCUUGGUCAAAUGAUGAGUUUGAUCCCCUUCUAGAAUUGGCGUCUUCUGAAAGAACUCGCAAAGUCUUUAAUUACCAGCAUUCUUUAACCGGACUUACGCCGUUAAUGGUGUUUGCUGGAAAGGGUAGAACCACAGAUGUUUGCAUGCUGCUAUCUUUUGGUGCGGACUGCCAAUUACGGGCCAAUGAUGGAGCAACUGCGUUGGAGUUGGCUGAACGGGAAGAGCAGCGAGAAACUGCUGAGAUAUUGAAAGUGCAUAUUGAAAAUGCUCUUUCUAACUCUAUGAAAGAACAACUGUUAAUUGAUAGAUAUCUCCAAUAUUUUAAUCCUGAAAAUGUUGAUUUUGUUCUUAUUGAGCAAUUACUAAGGAAAAUUUGUAGUGAUUCAAACGAUGGAGCCAUCCUUGUGUUCCUUCCAGGGUGGGAUGAUAUAAAAAAAACCCAGGAGAGAUUACUCAUGAACCCGUAUUUCAGAAAUACUUCUAAGGUUUUGAUAAUAUCUCUACAUUCGAUGGUUCCAUCUAAUGACCAAAAGAUGGUCUUCAAACGCCCCCCUCCUGGUUGCCGAAAAAUUGUUCUUUCAACUAAUAUGGCUGAAACUGCCAUCACCAUUGAUGAUGUCGUUUAUGUUAUUGAUAGUGGCCGGAUGAAAGAAAAAAAUUAUGAUCCUUACAAUAAUGUAUCAAGUCUUCAAUCUUCCUGGGUGUCAAAAGCGAGUGCCAAGCAACGAAGGGGCCGUGCUGGUCGUUGUCAGCCUGGAAUCUGUUAUCAUCUUUAUUCUAAAGUUCGAGCAGCUUCAUUGCCAGAUUUUCAGGUGCCUGAGAUUAGGAGAAUGCCAAUUGAAGGGCUUUGCCUGCAGGUGAAGUUACUUGAUCCAGAUUGCAAUAUAGAAGAUUUCUUGAUUAAGACAUUGGAUCCUCCACGUUCCGAGACCAUACACAAUGCAGUUGCUGUUCUUCAAGAUAUUGGGGCUUUGUCACUUGAUGAGAAACUUACAGUACUUGGGGAGAAGCUAGGUUCUCUACCUGUUCAUCCAUUGACGAGCAAGAUGCUUUUCUUUUCUAUACUGAUGAACUGUCUUGACCCAGCUUUGACUCUGGCAUGUGCUACUGACUUCAAGGAUCCAUUUUCCCUGCCUAUGUUACCUGAUGAUAGGAAGAGAGCCGCUGCUGCUAAAUAUGAACUUGCUUCAUUGUAUGGUGGGCAUAGUGAUCAGCUAGCAGUCAUAGCAGCAUUUGACAUAUGGAAGACUGCUAAAAAACGACGUCAAGAGGAACUGUUCUGUUCUCAAUACUUUGUGUCUUCAAGUACGAUGCAUAUGCUAUCUCGUAUGCGCAAGCAGCUCCAGGCAGAGCUAAAUCGGCAUGGUUUUAUUCCUGACGAUGUAUCAAGAUGUAGCUUGAAUGCACAUAACCCAGGUAUACUCCGUGCUGUUCUUGUGGCCGGUUUGUAUCCAAUGGUGGGGAGAUUGGUUCCUGCUCGCAAGAAGAUGAAACGAUCUGUUGUAGAAACUCCUAAUGGGGUUAAAGUUUGUUUAAACAAUCACUCUAUGAAUUAUAAGUUAGCUAAGGUCAACAGUGAUGAUCGUCCAUUGAUUAUGUUUGAUGAGAUAACCCGUGGGGAUGCGGGCGUGAUGAACAUACGGAACUGUACUGUUAUCGGGCCACUUCCGUUAUUAUUUCUUUCGACAGAAAUUUCUGUUGCUCCAUCUAACAAUGACGAUGAUGAUGGUUACGUUGAUGAGGGGAGUGAUGUGGAUGACAAUGAGGAUGAAAGUGAUGAAGAUGCAAUGGAGAUAGAUGGCAAGUCAGGUGGACAACACAAGGAUAAAAUUAUGUCAUCUCCUGAUAAUUCAGUCACAGUUAUAGUGGAUCGGUGGCUUCAAUUUGGGUCAAAAGCUCUGGACGUUGCUCAGAUCUACUGCUUGAGAGAACGUUUAUCUGCAGCAAUCUUAUUCAAAGUUACACAUCCAAGGAAAGUUUUGCCUCCUGGUCUUGGGGCCUCAGUUUAUGCUAUAGCCUGUGCUCUAUCGUAUGAUGGUCUAUCUGGGAUCUCAAUUCCAAAGGAAUCCGAGGAGUCUCCGACUUCGGUGGAAAAUGAAACUGUGACUGAGGACUCUGUUGAGCCCCUUCAAGAUUGCUACUUACACAAAUCGAUUAUGUGCGAUAUAUUAAGGGAUGAUGCACAUGGGAGCAAUGACAUAAAUGAAAUGCACUGUUACUUCCUCAGAUCAUGUGCUCCUGCCGUCAAUGCAGCAGCACACCAUAGGCCACUAGGCACGGAUAUACUUGCUGCUAAUGGAAAAGUAAGGUUUUAUGUGAUAGGAAAUGGGGCAGCAAAGUUGCGUGACCCAUCAAGUCACAGUGUUCAACCACCGCUUGAUUCUGCUCCCAUCACCGCUCACCAGAAGCCUCCAUCACAAGGUCCAAAUUUAGUUGGUAACGGUCCAAGCACUGAUGCAUCAGAUGGUCCAAGGGGAGAGUCGCCACUGCAGAGGAAGAAGCGUAGGAAUAGGGGUAGAGAACAAUCAUCUUUGAAUGGGAUCUAACUGUAUGUUGUAGGCUGUAAGAUUGGGGUAAAUCUGGUCGUGUCAAGUUUUCUAGGAUGAAGGAAUAUCUAUGUCUUCAACACAAUUAUCUUUUCAAUUUCCCAGACUGUAAUCCUCCUAUGAAUGCCAGCGAAGUCGCAUGAAUGAAGAAGACACAAGAGGAUUGCAUCUGAAAUUCAUCCUAGCUUUUGAUUUUGCUGUCACAAGACCAAGCAAAGCUGAAACCAUCUUUGGUUUCAGAAACAAUUCUGGUAAGCUCAUAUCAGUAUCAGAUCUGAUGUGUUGAUUCAUUAGUAAUCGCUUCCGUUGUUCUCUUAAUAUUUGAUGACACUAUUGUGACAAGAUACAAGAUGGAACUUUGCAUAAUCUUUCGGAUGGAAUUCACCAAUGUACAAGGACUGAACACAAGCAGCGCUUUGGGUAUCUGAAAGCGGUGUUUUGAAAAUGACAUGGUCAAAUUUUGGUUA